AUGUCUAUUCACCUUAUCCUUAGUCUUUUGAACUUUUGGUUGGUACUUAUCACCGCCAUACCGAGCGCACAUCCAUAUAAACAGGUUGCUUACGACGCACCACUUCCCCCAAGCAAAGACCCAUGGUAUACAGCGCCACCUGGCUUUGAAGACGCCCUGCCCGGGACGGUUUUGCGAGUCCGACAUACCCCUGGUAACCUAACUAGGGUCAUUGGAAAUAGCUCUGCUGCAUAUAACAUACUAUAUCGCACAACCAAUAGCUACUACAGCCCUACCUGGGCUGUUACUACCCUACUUGUACCUCAACUAGGCCGCAAUAGCAAUGCAAGGCAGAACUUCAAUCAGAGUGCCGUGUUAUCUUACCAGGUUCCCUAUAAUUCGGCCGACAUUGACGCCAGUCCGAGCUACAAUCUAUAUACCACUGAUCCCACCACACCCUACAACGCUGCUUUAGGUCUAGGCCUCUUUGUUUUGAUACCAGAUUUUGAAGGGCCCUUGGCUUCGUUUACUGCUGGAAUUAUCUCAGGGCAUGCGACUCUCGAUUCGGUUCGGGCUGUACUGUCGCUUGACCUGGGCCUUAAUACCACUGCUCCACGUGUGGCGCUAUGGGGCUACUCUGGGGGAGCUCUAGCUAGCGAGUGGGCGUCAGAACUUGCUGAGCAGUAUGCGCCAGAACUUUCAGGAACUAUUGUUGGCGCGGCGCUCGGAGGAUUAACACCAAAUAUCACCAGAGCUUUGGCCGCUGUUAAUGGCCAGAGCUUUGCAGGUUUGAUACCAAGCUCUCUUCUGGGCCUUACAAGCCAAUAUCCCAGAGGGCGUGAGCACCUUGUUUCCCAGCUCAGGACAACUGGUCUAUAUAACCAGACUGGCUUCUUGGCUGCUCUAGAGUUUACAGUACUUGAGGCUCGCAUGGCCUACGCAGGACUUGAUGUCUUUAGCUACUUUAAGGAUGGCUCUGCUAUCUUGCGAGACCCCAGACUUAUGAGCAUCCUUAACCACGAAGGCAUUAUGGGGUACCAUGGUGUCCCUAUAUGGCCGGUCUUUGCUUAUAAGGCUAUUGGCGAUGAAAUCAGUGCGGUAGCCGAUACCGACGCUUUGAUUGAGAGGUAUUGUGCUAAUGGAGCCAACAUUCUUUACCAAAGAAAUACUGUUGGUACACAUCUUCAAGAGUCAACCUAUAGUCGCCGCGCAGCUUUCGAUUGGCUGGAGACAAUUCUUAAAGGUCGACAUGUAGAGGUCAACGAAACUAAUAGUUGUACUAUACAAAAUGUGACAAGGGACGGUACAGAAAGCUGA